AUUACAUGAAUUUGAAAUAGUUACGAUUGUCAAGAAUGUUGAGUGAUUACUAAUCUUACUAUUUGUAUGUUCUACAAUGAUAUCCUGACAUGGAGGGAUUGCAAAAUCGAAAUAAAUGACAAUGACAUGACAUAUGAGCCAAAAUACUUGAACUGUGUGUGUCUCAGCUGGAAAGGGGGCACACAUAAUAUCGUGACAAGAAUAAAUUUACAUCAUCGAUAGGUUUUCCCUGUAAGAUAACAAAACAUUCUACAUAUAAGAAGGUUUACAUAAUGAACCGCUAUUCAGUUGUAACAGCUUUUCACGUUCAAAAUGGAAGGCGAUGAUGAAAUUCCUAUGCUGGGUGAUUUACGCGUAGGCGUGGGCAAUAAAUUGAUCGAUUAUAAAUACAACAAAACCAUAACUUUUACAAUCAAUGGCAAUGUAUACAGAGUUUCGGAUGAUGUGAAAAUUGGGACCUCAUUGAACACUUUCAUAAGAGACAAUGCCAGACUGAAAGCGACCAAGUUCAUGUGCACCGAAGGAGGGUGUGGUUGCUGUAUAGUUUCUGUCAAAAUUGUUAAUCAGUCCACCAGAAAAGUUGAAAUAUUUGCUGUCAAUUCAUGCUUGGUGAUGGUCCAUGCUUGCAAUGGCUGGGCCAUCAUAACUAAUGAAGGAAUUGGUAGUAAGAAAGCCGGAUAUAACAAGAUCCAAACCACACUAGCCAGCUUCAAUGGCUCACAAUGUGGAUAUUGUUCACCUGGAAUGGUCAUGAACAUGUAUAGUCUACUCCAAGCAAACCCAAAAGUCAAGAUGGAAGAAGUUGAGAACGCAUUUGGCGGAAAUAUUUGUCGCUGCACUGGCUACAGAAACAUACUGGAUGCGUUCAAAUCUCUCGCAGUUGAUGCCCCAAAGGAAUUGAAAUUGAAGUUCAUCAGUGAUAUGGAAGACGUACAAACAUGCUGCAAGAGUGAUAAGGUGGGCUGCUGCAACAAGAUCUGUAGUAAAACCAGGCAGAAGAAUGAAGAUGAAUUGGAAAAUACGGCGGAUGAUUGUGAACAUGAUUUCGUUGAAUUGGCUCUGGCUCCACUCUCGGUUAGAAUCAAUGAUUAUUAUAAAAGCUGGUAUACUGCCAACUCCAAGGCGGAGAUUUUUCAAAUUCUAGAGAUGGCUGGUGGCCGAUCCUUCAUGCUCCUGUGUGGUGGAACAAGCAAGGGGCUGUACAAAAGUGACCCUCAACCAAAUUGGUACAUUGACAUUUCAAGAGUGAGAUCAUUGAAGCAAUUUGUUCUAACCAAUGAUUACAUAAAACUGGGAGCCAGCACCACUUUGGCUGAAGCUAUCAAACACUUUCGCCAUGCUGCGAAUCGCAAUCCACUCAAGUUUUCCUAUGGAAACAUAAUAGCAGAUCACAUCGAUCAUGUGGCAACUGUUCCUGUUAGAAAUAUUGGAACUUUAGCUGGAAAUGUGAGCAUCAAACAAAAGCAUCGUGAUUUUCCGUCUGACAUAUUUUUACUCCUGGAAACUGUUGGUGCAGUCAUUACUCUGGAGGAAAGUGAUGGGGUGACUGAGACAGUUGGCAUGAUGGAAUAUCUACAAAUGAAUGCUGAUAGGAAAUUGAUUACGAAGUUCAGCUUUCCUGCUUUGGAAACGUCUAAAUACUACAUUAAAACGUAUAAGGUGAUGAAGCGAGCCCAGAAUGCUGUUGCUUAUGUUAACGCAGGAUUCAGGUUCCAACUGGAUAAAUUCAAUAAUUACAAGGUUAUUGAUUUACCAAGAAUCGUUUUUGGAGGGAUCAGCCCAGGCUUUGUACAUGCAAAAGAUACUGAAAAAUUUCUUUUCGGUAAAAACUUAUUGGAUCAAGCUACUUUGCAGAGGGCUCUGGAGAUACUUAAAAGGGAAUUGCGACCUAAUACGGAUCUCACCAAAGGCUCUGUCGAAUAUAGAAAAAAUGUGGCAAUGUCAUUAUUCUAUAAGUUUGUUUUGAGUAUUUCGCCUGAGACGGUUGCUGCCAUCUACAGGAGUGGUGGCGGUCAACUUAUUCGAAACAUUUCUGGUGGAGAGGACAAAUUUGACACGAAUGAAAGCAUUUGGCCUGUCACAAAACCUAUACCAAAACUUGAUGCAUUACUGCAAUGUUCAGGUGAGGCUGUAUUCGUGAAUGACAUACAGGAAAUCAGUGGACAACUUUUCUGUUCAUUUGUUAUUGCUACAGUUGGAAAUGCCAAAAUCAAAUCCAUAGAUGCGGCUCAAGCUCUGAAAAUGCCAGGAGUACAAGCGUUUUAUUCAGCCAAAGAUAUUCCAGGAGAAAACAAUUUCCAACCGGUAGACUGGUUUACUCCUGAAAAUGAAAAAAUAUUCUGCGAUGAAGAUGUCUGGUAUGCCGGCCAGCCGAUUGGAGUGAUAGUGGCCGACUCAUGGGAUCUGGCCAACAGAGCAGCGCGUCUGGUCAAAGUGGAGUACAGCCAUCUCAACAAGCCACUGAUAACCGUCCCCGAUGUUCUCGCAACCAAAGAUCAAACCAGAAUCAUGCCUCUUGGUGAAGUGAAAGCCAAGUCCAAAAAAGAUAACGUGAAGCAUGUGAUCAAAGGGAGAAUGGAAUUAGGAAAACAGUACCAUUUCACAAUCGAGCCACAAACUUGUUUGUGCAUACCAAAAGAGGAUGGUAUGGAUGUCAUAUCGAGUACACAGUGGACUCAUAAUGUCCAGUCAGCUGUAUCUGUCGCUCUUGGCAUACCAACCAACAAAGUGCGCGUGGAGGUGCCCCGCCUCGGAGGCGGCUUCGGGGGCAAAUUCAGCCGUGCCUCGCUGCCAGCGGCUGCCUCCGCCAUUGCUGCCCACCUCCUGCAGCGACCCACCCGCCUCAUUAUGGACCUGGAGACCAACAUGCAAGUCAUCGGCUUCCGUUAUCCCUUGAUAACCGAUUAUGAGGUGGGAGUGGAUGAAGAUGGAGAAAUUCAGUAUCUGGAUGCGACAUUCUACCAAGACAUUGGUGGAUCGUUGAAUGAUAUUCUGAUUCCAAUUUUAAUGGAAACGUUUCCAUCGAUGUACAACAGCGACACUUGGAGUUUUAGAGGCAUUGCUGUCAGAACGAACACCCCUCCAGGUGUCUAUUUCAGAGCGCCAGGUUCUCUGGAAAGUUUAGCAACCGUAGAGCAUAUAAUGGAACACAUAUCACGCAAAAUCAACAAAGACGUUCAUCAUGUACGUUUGAAAAAUAUCAAAGAAGCGAACAACGAGGGUAUCCAAAUGAUCAUGAAUAUGAGGCAAUCUUCUGAUUAUGAUAUGAGGAAAGAGGCGGUUGACAAGUUCAAUAUGGAAAAUAGAUGGAAGAAGAAAGGAAUAGCAAUAAUGCCUACCUGCUAUCCAAUGACGUACUACGGUGUUUAUCAUGCUGCAGUCUCCAUUUAUGAGCUGGAUGGGACAGUGACUGUGUCUCAUGGUGGCACAGACAUGGGCCAGGCGGUUCACACCAAGGUGGCACAGAUAGCAGCUCGCACUUUGGGAAUUGAUAUAGCAAUGAUAAAAGUGGAAUCAUCCAACACGUUUGUAGGCCCCAACAACUGCUGGAGUGGGAACAGUCAAACCACUGAAGGUGUUUGUAGGGCAACAAUCAAAUGCUGUGAGGAAAUUUUAAAUCGCUUGGAAGUGAUUAAAUCUGAAAUGAAAGAUGCUUCCUGGCCGGCGCUCAUCAAAGCUGCAUUCAAUAAAAAUAUAAAUUUGCAUAAUUCACAAAUGUGGAAAGCUGAAGAUUCUAAGCACUACAUUAUCAAUGGAGUGUGCGUGACAGAAGUUGAGCUGGAUAUCUUGACUGGUGAAAAUUUGAUCACAAGAGUGGAUUUAAUUGAAGAUGCUGGCCAGAGUUUAAACCCCGAAGUAGACAUUGGGCAGAUCCAUGGAGCCUUCGUUGCAAAUAUUGGAUAUCUGAUGUCAGAAGAACUCAUUUUCGACCCUGAUACCGGAGCUCUUCUCACCAACAAUUCUUGGACUUACAAACCGCCUUCUAUCAAAGAUAUACCAGUUGAUUUUCGAGUGGAGUUGAAGAAGAAUUCCAAUAAUCCUUUUGGCGUUUUCGGUUCAAAAGCGGUGGGAGAACCACCAGCCACGUUGGCUCCUUGCAUUCUGCUGGCUUUUCGACAUGCUGUCGAUUCCGCUAGGCAAGACUCCGGUUUACAAGAGGAAUGGUUCGAAAUUGUACCCCCACUCACACCAGAAAAACUCUUCACAUUAUGUCACAAUUCCAUUUCACAGUAUUCAAUCUAAUUCUUCAAGAUUAUUUCAAACUGGACUGCAGGCUAUUCAACUAUAAGAUGAAUCACAAAGCUUUUUUGUUAAUUUCAAAUAAAUUUCAUUCACGCAUCGUUAUGUGAAAA